AUGGACAACAAGUCCCUGAUUAUUUCCAGCGCCACAGAUCUCCGACUCACUCACUAUCCCACAAUUCCAGUGGACGAGAUGAAGACAGGCGGUACAAGCCGGAUUGCACCACAUACCGAUUUCAGUCCCAUCACACUGCUGUUCCAAGACAGCACCGGUGGCCUAGAAAUCGAAGAUCGGAACAGCCCUAAGGAUAACACUUUUGUUCCUCUCCCACCGACUGAUACGACGGAAAUGAUUGUUAAUGUUGGCGAUACGUUGACGCGUUGGACCAAUGGAAAAAUCACAGGUGGUAUCCAUCAGGUCACUACUCCUGAAUCAAUGAAGGGGGAGAGCGGCUUGGUUAUACCACCCCGAAUGUCAAUGGCAUAUCUCUUCAAGGCUGAGCGCAAUACCUCAGUUGGCCCACUACCCAAGUUUGUCGCAAAUGAGCCGGCAAGAUACCCCGAAAUCACGGCUUUUGAGUUUCAACAAUGGAAAAAUAGCAUUGUGUACAAUAUGGAAGAGGAAGAACAUGCGCGUGCCUUUGAUCGCUUCAUUGAGACCCCCAAGGCUAUCAAGUUGCAGGCGUAA